AUGACCCGCAGCACGUGGCUGCAGAGUCCUCGUAAGGCUCUUCUGCUCGUGCUGCUGGACCAGGAUGGAUACACCACCUUCUACGAGUUCUUAAAAUCCGAAUACGCGACCGAAAAUCUCGAAUUUUGGACCCGGCUGGAACUGAUUUUUUCGGGCCACACCCGCAAAGAGGUGCUAGAGAUCGGGUCGUCCCUGCUGGAGGAGUUCGAUGAGGAGUCUCUAAAUAUACGCGACUCACUGAGGAAUGAAGUUGUGGAGAUUUUGGG